AAGGACCAUAAAUUCUUAUUUUUCUGCUGGGCAGGAGGUGCGCUCUGGGCCACGCCGCUUCCUGCCGGGCUUUGUGUGCGUGUUGCCCAGUUACUGCGCGCAGCCCCAGACUAUGCCCAGCCCCAUUCAGAUCGGCCAUGGCCCUAUGGCCCCACAGAGGAUUCGGGCGGUGCUGGCUUCCAGGAGGAGCAAAGAGAAGGGCAGGAGCCAGCGGCUUCCAGAAAGAGCCUGCAGGGCUUGGGGUGACCUGUGUGGGUGUCCUCCUGGCAGAGGUGUGCAGCAGCGGGGAACGCGGUGCCUCUCUGUAUGAAUUCAAAGCCAAGAACAUUAAGAAGAAGAAGGUGAGCAUCAUUGUGUCUGUGGAUGGCGUGAAGGUGAUCCUGCGCAAGAAGCAGAAGCGAAAGGAGUGGACGUGGGAUGAGAGCAAGAUGGUGGUGAUGCACGAUCCCGUGUACAGAAUCUUCUAUGUGUCUCAUGACUCGCAAGACCUGAAAAUAUUCAGUUACAUUGCAAGGGAUGGUGCCAACAACUCCUUCAGGUGCAACGUCUUCAAAUCCAAGAAGAAGAGCCAGGCCAUGCGUGUGGUGCGCACGGUGGGCCAGGCCUUCGAGGUGUGCCACAAGCUGAGCCUGCAGCACGCCUUGCAGAACGCCGAUGGCCAGGCAGAUGGUGCCAGCGACAAGUCUGCGGAGGAGCAGCCGUCUGAAGUGCACCAGAUAAAGGGCUCCAAGAUCACAGAUGUGGAUGAGGUUGGCCUCGACUCUGAUGGCAUCUGUGUGUCCGAGAGGGGAGCAGGAGAGCUGCCCGUUGCCAGGGGCGAGCUGAGCGCACUGAAACCUGGACAGGGCUCCAAGGACAAGAACUGCCAGGACUCUGAGAGCUGCUCCCUGUACCCGGCCGGCUCACAGCAGCUGCUCAGCCCGGGCAGCCCCUGCUCUUCGGCCUCCAUCACUCCGCUGGCCUCCCAGCACUGUCUCCAGCUGCUCCAGCAGCAGCUCCUGCAGCAGCAGCAGCAGACGCAGGUGGCAGUGGCUCAGGUGCAGCUGCUGAAGGACCAGCUGGCGGCAGAGACGGCGGCGCGCAUCGAGGCGCAGGCCCGGGUGCGGCAGCUGCUGCUGACCAACCGCGACCUGCUGCAGCACGUCUCGCUGCUGGUGCGGCAGCUGAAGGCGCUGGAGAGCCGGGCGCAGCGCCGGCAGCCGGUUGACCGUUCGCUGCAAAACCUGUCCCUGGCGCAGUCGCUGUCCCUCAACCUCAAGAACCACUACAGCCUGGACAUCGCCCUGCCCUCCACCUCCACCCCCGCCAGCGUCCUGGGCAGCCCCGUGGGCCCCCGCUCGCUGUCGGCGCUGGGCGCCGGGGAUUCCUACCUCAACCUGGUCAGCCUGGAGGGGGGCGGCCCCUGCUUCGGCAGCAAGGACGGGGCCGAGGGCCUGGCGGGGCACGAGGGGCUCAGCCGGCGCGUGGAGGGCUCCGAGGUCAGCGACUUGGCGCUGCUCGGCGGGAGCGGCCGGCAGAAGGCGGAGGACACGGACAGAGGGGACGAGGACAGGCGGCAGCAACCCAUUCCCAAGCUCAACCCGCCACCACCUAUCCUACGCAAGAGGUCAAGCAAGACCUCCCCGAGCCUAGAAGUGGACAUUAAGCCUGAGAGUACUGCCCACGUGAGCGUCCCCAGCCCCAGUGUGUCCGGCCUCACCAGCAUCACUGCCACCUCCCUGACCCUCCUGGACCCCGAGGCGAGGACUCCUGCACGGAGCGCUGCUGCCAGCACAGAGCCCCUCCCUGCUGGGACCUUCCAACGUGUUCUCAGCAAGGACAGGACUGGAGAGAAUGGGCACACGUCCCCUCCGUCCGGCAUCCAUGACCCCGCAGCCAGUGAUGCCCUGAGCAAGGACUUGGCCGCAGUGCUGAGCCCCGCGGACAGCACGCUGCCAUUCUCCCCUGCAGAUGACACCUGCUUGCACAUCAGCUUCUCGGAAGAUGAGCUGCUGGAGCCGGAGCUGGACACUACUGUGGGGCCCAGCAGGGUCCCUUCUUAGUCGGAUACAGCACUGGCAGCUGGCUGGCAGGCAGUCCCAGUGGCUCUUUCCACACCACUCUCCAGCACACGCUGGGGUUACAGGGUCCCCGCGCCCCACCUGGGGCAGGCCCCUUCGCCGUCCCUGCUCCGUGCAUCAGCUCCUCCUGCCACGU